AUUGAAUGAAUGAUUCGUCACACUUUCUUAGUGAGAGUUUUGAAUUAUAUUCAAAGGUGAGAGUAAAAAUGUAAAAUCCUAUAUACUCAUCGAGACAGUGCAUCAAAAAUGGUGUGCCUGCUACUAUUAUUAUGCGUCCUGCCGUACGUAUCCUGUAAGCUGCCUCAAUCAACGAUCCACAUAUGGGAAUCAAUCGCCGAGGGCCACGAUCUAAUAUGCGCCGAUAAAUUUGGUAUUGACAAAAAUCUUGCCAAAUAUCACUUUCGGAAUCUCUAUCUUCCGGACAACAGAGCUUUUCAUUGUUUUCUGAACUGUCUGUACGAUAGGGUCGGUUUUAUAGAUGAAAAUGGCGAAUUCAAGUAUGACGUGGUCGUUGAAAAAGCGCAUUUUUUAUCCGAUGAGUUGGCGAAAAGAUGCAUCGCGGAAAGCCAUCAGCAACUAGAUUUUUGCGAUAGGACGUACGUUGGUGGUCUAUGUGCCGUGUCCGAUUUGGCAGGAGUAGACCGUAGUAAACUCAAUGUACGAAAUUAGUUAUGUUAUGGUAGUUUCUGCUAUAUUUUUCAAUGGAUGUUUUGUAAGGACACUUCAGAAAAAGUAUAGCACUUAUUAUUAUUAUCAUUACUUUUGUUAUUAUUAUUAAGUAUAUAAAAUAGUUGUUA